UAGUGAUUUUAGUGGAACCUACUGCAUUGUUUUCUAUUAUUAGUAGGCUUAUAGCACUUCAGUGAUGCAAUAGAAUUGUAGCAGACUAAAAUCUCGCCGUAAGCGAUCAACUCCAGCAUCGUGCUUCCAAAACAAUAUUUAUUUGCGUCAUGCCGACGCUGGUAGUGACGAUCUGCUCAACUACACGCCUCCUAUCUUACCUUUCCUCCCCACUCUUCAUCAACUCUCCCAUCAGGACCACAUGGAUGUGACGCGUUGAUACACAACACCCUGGAGAACAACUUUAUCCAGCAGCCAGCGUUCAAUUUGGGAGUGGUUGUGGAUAACCAACGCGGCAGUAACUCAUAACUGAGGGGGGUGGGGUGGGAACAUUAGUUAGGCGUGUUUGUAUUUUCUUGUUUUGAGGCAUCAAAUACUACUAAGCAGCCCUGUCCUGUAUUGUAUUUCCCAUAUGUCGCGCAAACAGGUCGACCAUGACUACAAUCUCCGUAGUAUGAGCAACCUGAUGGGCGAGCGGUGGAAGAAAGUGAGCGACGGAGGAGAGCGGAGUCUGAUCAAGGCUCCGUCCAGCGCCAGCCUCAGCAGCCAGGGCGCCUCCGCCGCGACCUCCGCCGCAGGUGCGCCAGCAGCACCCCCCACUUCCACCGGGGACCUGGAGAGGGCUGCCCGCAAGCAGUUCCAGCAGGAUGUCACGCCCGGCUUCGUCUACGUCCUGGCCGCGUUCUCCGCCCUGGGGGGCUUCUUGUUCGGCUACGACACCGGGGUGAUCUCCGGGGCGAUGCUCCUGCUGAAGAGGGAGCUGGACCUUAGCGCUCUGUGGCAAGAGCUGCUCAUUUCAAGUACUGUGGCCGCGGCCGCCCUGUCCGCCCUGCUGGGCGGCUUCCUCAACGGGCUCUUCGGGCGCAGAGUGUGCAUACUGCUGGCCAGCUUCUUCUUCUCCGUCGGUGGGAUCGUGCUGAGCACCGCCCCUGGCAAAGAGGUUCUCCUGGCGGGGAGGCUCAUCGUCGGAGUGGGGCUUGGAAUCGCCUCUAUGACUGUGCCAGUGUACAUUGCUGAGGCCUCUCCGCCCCACCUGAGGGGUCAGCUGGUGACGGUUAACACCCUCUUCAUCACCGGUGGACAGUUCACCGCCAGCCUCGUCGACGGCGCCUUCAGCUACCUGCACCACGAUGGGUGGAGGUACAUGUUGGGUCUGUCGGUGCUUCCCGCCGUGCUCCAGUUUGUGGGAUUCCUGUUCCUUCCGGAGAGCCCUCGCUGGUUAAUCCAGCACGGGCUGACCCAGAAGGCGCGCCGCGUGCUCAGUCAUAUCCGAGGAAACCAGAACAUCGACGAGGAGUACGACAGCAUCAAGAACAGCAUCGAAGAGGAGGACAGCGGAGGAGAUGGCCCCGUGAUCUGGCGAAUGCUGACCUACCCCCCCACUCGGCGAGCCCUCCUGGUUGGCUGUGGUCUUCAGAUGUUCCAGCAACUUUCAGGAAUCAACACGGUCAUGUACUACAGCGCCACCAUCCUGCAGAUGUCAGGAGUGCGGGACGACCGGCUGGCGAUCUGGCUGGCUGGACUCACCACCCUCACCAACUUCCUGUUUACCCUGCUGGGAGUGUGGCUGGUGGAGAGAGUGGGGCGCAGGAAGCUCACCUUGGCCAGUAUCAUAGGCACAUGUUUGAGUUUGAGUCUGCUGGCCAUCGGUUUUCUGAUGUCUGCCCAGCACAGUCCUCCUGUCACCUUCCACCCGCUAGACCCAUCAAUGGCCAACUCUACCUGCUCCAAAUACCAGCUGUGUGAGCCAUGCAUGCUGGACCCUGGAUGCGGCUUCUGUUACCGUGAGAACAGCUCAGCGCUCCUCGCCUCCUCCUGUGUACCAGUCAAUAAGGCCUCCACCGAGCAAGCAGCAUGGGGCAGAUGCUCCAACUCCAGCCGGAUGAGAGCUGAGACCUACUGGGCCUACAACUACUGUCCCACCUCCUACUCCUGGCUGGUUCUACUGGGUCUGGUCUGCUACCUGGCAGCCUUCGCUCCAGGGAUGGGUCCAAUGCCGUGGACCAUCAACUCAGAGAUCUACCCUCUGUGGGCGAGGAGCACCGGGAACGCCUGCGCAGCCGGAGUCAACUGGACCUUCAACGUGCUGGUGUCUCUCACCUUCCUCCACCUGGCUCAGUACUUCACCUACUACGGAGCUUUCUUCCUCUACUCCAGCAUGGCUUUGCUGGGUUUCUUUUUCAUCUAUGGCUGCCUGCCGGAGACCAAAGCCCGGCGUCUGGAGGAGAUAGAAGCGCUGUUCGAAAACCAGCUCUGUUCCUGCGGCGCCUCUGAUUCGGACGAGGGACGGCAAGUCGAAUACAUCCGAGUCAAAGGUUCAAACUACCAUCUAUCAGACAACGACGCAUCUGACGUGGACUAGAGAGUUUUUCGUUACUGAAACAUGCAGUGUCAUGUGAUAUCUUUGUGUGUGUGUGUGUGUGUGUGUGUGUGUGUGUGUGUGUGUGUGUGUGUGUGUGUGUGUGUGUGUGUGAGCAGAGGAGCCACUGGUGACCCUCCCUAUGAGGUCCAGAAUCCCAGUUUACUUGUAUCAUAAGUCACUUCCAAUUCAGGAAUCCAAAAUCAACAACAAUUCCGGGACAUGACAGCCUAUUCUCUGAAUUUAGGGUGAACUGAUGCCAAAUCUGGAGUCAAACCUGCUUUAGGAGACAGCUGAAUCUUCAACCAUGCACCACAAAUAUCACAAUUACAAAAGGCUAAAACAUUGCCUUUGCCACACAUAACAGAUGUUGUGUUUUUCAUGAGCACUUAGACAGGAAACACACAUUGCAUGCACAAAAUACAAGGGGCAUUUCCUCUCUGAUGAAGUCCAGCGAGGCCCCAGCUCAGUAUCAGUAAUAUGUUCCUAAUAUUUUGUACAUUUGUUGACUAAAUAUAUUUUACGAUUUAUUUACAGUGUUGUACUACAGUAUAAAAAGUCAAAUGAUCCAGCCGUCCUACAGCAUUGUGCCAGAAUAUGUCUCAAUUUAAAGAGGAUUUAAAGAUACAGUAGAGAUGGUCUUUGAAACCAGGUUUGUGCGUCCACAAAACCUUUGUUGACAUGAGAGCAGUUGGGACUUCUUGUCGAUCUCUAGUACCAUUAUGCCUUUCUAUAUGAAACACAUCUCAGUUACAUGUUGUUUAAGCUUGUAGCAUAGCACACUAAUGUCAGUCGUAGUUUUUUGGUGCUGAUGUCUUUUUAUGAAAAGCAAACACCAGAGAUGUACAGUAUUUAUUGUUUAUGUAUUGUCAGUUCGUGCCUAAACAAAACCCCUCACCAAUCUAGUAGCACCGAAAGGAAUACAAGUUGUGUUGCUAUAGUUUAUAUAUUUAUUAAUGUAUUCUUUAAAUAUUUCUUGUCAGGAGAGCUGGACUGGGGGGCGGGGGGCUGAGUACCCAGAAGUUGCUAGAAUGAAUGGAUGUGGGGAGGGGCCCUUAGAGAAUGCCUUUCUACGGGGCCCAGAAUUUAGUGCCACGCCCGUUUGUUGCCACAAAGUACUAAUUGCUUUAGCAUAGUCUACGUUGUUGUUUUUAAGUGUCAGGCCUGCAACUCUAAUUCUAAAACUAGCGUUUUUUAGCAUUAGAUUAUACUAUGGCGAGUACAUCCUCAUGUCACUCUGUUACUAGGUUGUCAAAACCUAUAAAAUGACCCCAUGUUCUAAACCUGGGUAUUGAACGUGUAAUGUAAACUUCCUAAAACUGUGGUUUUAUGAUUGAAACUUGUAUUUGGAGUAUUUCAUUCUAGCCUAAACAUGAUCAUAUUAGUGCCUGUGUGUUGUGAAGGUCCAUUAUGGCCGUUUUUCAUUACAAAUCCCUGAAGUGGAUGUUUUACUGUAUAUUAAGUCAACGUAGCUUUUUCUUUAUUUGACAUGUACAUAUUUGCUUUUCACCUGUGAUGGGAUUUUAUUUUUUUACUUUCAUUUCAUGUAUUUGAUUUUGGUCUUCCUUCAUAGCCUUAUGUACAAAUAGCAGAGGAUAUCUAUGUGGUUCUCGUGUCAACAGCCGAGGAGUAGGCUUUACUGUAAUUUGCCAAUGUUGUUUUGUAACAAAUUGUAAAAUUGUGUGAGGUUACACCUUGUUAGUCAAAUACACAUUGAUUUCUGUGUAGCAAAAAUCUGUUUGAAAGUAGACUAUGGCGUAACGUCGUGUAAUGACACACCAGUGAACAGGUGAAGGACAAGGACAGUCCAUCCUUUCUGACACAUGGGUUCUCACCUAUCAUGAAUUAAUAAGAAAUAAAACCUCUUUAAUAAACUUUUAAAUAAAAAGAAGCUGUUUAUCAAAUACCAUCGCAAAAUGUAUUGACAUUUUCAGUGACAGUCAAGUUGAAUGAAGUAUUGUUUGGUAUUGUCAAGGUGUCACGUUUACAUAUGGAUGCUUAUGAAAACAAUUAAUCAGUAUGACAGGAAUUAGUGCCAUAUUGUUUUCAUAAAUGACAAGACUAAUAAAAUGGCUUACAGUUUAAAGGUGGAGAAAGAUGGCUGACUAUAAUUCCAAAUGGGAUUUUCAUCUGGUCCAAGAUAUCUUAAAAAAACACACACAAACUAGUUUUGUACUGAAAGUAUUAUUACAGUUAAAACGCACACAGAUGAAGCUCCAUAACACAGAUUGUGUAAUCUUGUGUUGACCAAAUAUUUAGCGGGAUUGUUUCAGCUGCUGACAUCCAGUUGUGUUAACACUGUCCUCUGCCGCCACGGCGGGGACAUUUAAUGUGUACUGCUGGUGAAAUGGUUGCAAGUCUUUCCUAUGUCGGUUUCUACAGUUUACGAGGAACCACAAAAAAUACCAA